AUGAUGGUCCAGGACUGGCUUGGAACAUCCGCGGGAACUGAAGCUCCCCCGGUGACCGAGAGCGUAGAACGAUACGCAUUGAGGUGCCUUCAUUCGUACACCGCCCUCAAGCGCUAUGGCGUAGAUCAACUCGCAACACUCGUCAUCGGACUGGUGCACUCGGCUGUGGUCCUCUUCCUUGUGGGGCUUUCUCUGUCUCUGGGCCCCCUCCACUCGGUCCCAGGGUUAUCCGUCGCCAUACUCUCCGCAUUGGCCGCACUGCUCUACACCAUAGCUAGCAUCAUCCCUUUGGUGGAUCCCCAGUGCCCCUACCGCACACCACUGGGAUAUGUCCUUUACGGGGUCUUCUACGGCGCCAUUACGUUCCUCGCGUGCGCCACGCUGUACUUGGUGAAUGCGUCGGCUGCUGUGCGAAGCUGGGUCAAGAACAAGAAAAUCGCUUUCCGAGACCUUGAUCCCCGGCAGAUCUGGGCGUUCUUGGGAGACCCUGUUUCAUCCGCGCGCGUUCUGCGCCCUCUGCUGGGGGGCAUCCUCCACGGAAAAACCAACCAGGAGCUCGAUCAGAUUGUUCAGCGCGCGUUUGAACCAGUGCGAACUGAGAAAUUCAUCGCCGGCCGAGCACUGGCGUAUCUCUCGGCGCAGACAAGGGCACAGCUGGUGAAAUCUCCAGUAGCCCUGCGUCAUUUCGCCCGCUGCCUGCUGAACAUGGAGCACAAAGGCGUAUCGGACUUCUUUGUCAACAUUCGGAACGACAAGGUCACCAUGGUUAGAGUCGCCCGCGCCUUCGACCGCAUCGACUCAGUUCGCGCCGCCGUAGGCUCUAUCCGUCUCAUUCAGAUGCUCUUAAUCGCAGAGAACUCGGCGGAUAAUCUGUCGCAGAUACACAGCAAUCAAGAUAUACGUUGGAGACACAUGGCAGCCAUCGUCAGUGUGUUCCCGAAGUUCGCGGAGCAAGUCGGCAUGCGGAACGCCGAGGCACUGCUUGAACAGGAUACCACGAUAGUCACGGCGGUUGCGAGCCUCCGUUGGACGCUCAUCGAGGCGCUAGGGCAAGUGCAGGGGAACCCUUGCGCGCCGGAUCAUCCGGGCUUCCAGGCAAGGCGUAACUUGCAAUCUCUCCUCGCUGCGCUGGACACCGUCGGUGGUCUGCACCUGCUCAAGGUGUCUUCAAACGACCACGAGAAUAUAGAUGUUCUCCUUCAAGACCACUCGGAAGGUUCUCGGAUCGAGCUCGCGUCGCGUAAUGCGUUCACACUGCUAGCAGCUGUGAGCGAUUGCAACUGGCGUCCUGGUGAUUGGAAAAGGCCCGACACUGGUUAUAUCCCGGCAGGGAGACCGGGAAUGUGGGAGUGGCGUCGGCAAUUCAGCCUCGAUAGCACGACAGUGGGCAAGGAACCGUCCGAACGCUUGAGCACAUUCUUGCGUCAGGAGUGCGUGAUCACCUCAGUGCGGGCUCGCACAGGUUCAGCUGCUCUGGGAACCCUAGGGCUUGAUCCAGUUGCACAUGAUGCGCUGCGCGACCUAUCGAGCAUCGUCAUCCUGGAUGAUGCCACGACAGCUCCAUCGGCCCCCGACAAUAAUGAUCCCCGUCUUUGUCUGGAGACAAUCGACAUGUCACAGAAUCGUCAAGACCGUGCAUCCCAGGGCCAGAGUGCAAUCGGCAACAUACGGAUCAGCAAUACCACAGUGGGCAUCGGUCCAGUCCGCCGCGACAGCAAUGAGUCUACAACGACGCAGCAUUCGACGAAUUCCGCACGGUGCACAACUGUCAAAGGGGUGGCUGACUGA